AUGAUACCAUGUCAGGAUAAUGAGGAGACUUCCCUUCUCCCACAGCCAGAGCGGCCGAUAGUAGCCAAGACACCUCUGCCUUGGGAUCAGUUCUGGAUCAUAUUGGCUUUGAAUUUUUCGCAAUCGCUUGUUUUCAAGACCCUUGCCCCGUUCACCCCCCAAUUAAUCAGAGACAUUGGCGUGACCAACGGAGACGAACAACGGGUUGGAUACUACGUCAGCUUCCUGCACUUAUCAUACUAUGUCCCUCAAACGCUGGCUGUACUCUAUUGGAGUCGACUGUCUGAUCGCAUUGGGCGGAAGCCUGUGUUACUCACUAGUUCAUUCAUAAUAGCGACUACGAUGUUGUCGUUUGGACUGUCAAGAACCUUUCCCGGUCUGCUAGUCAGUCGUGUUAUCGCUGGGGCAUUCAAUGGGGAAGCUGGCGUCCUGAAAAGUAUGAUGAUGGACAUUACUGACGCAACAAACUUGCCAAAGGCAUACGGAUACAUGCCAAUCUCAGCAAUGUUAGCUUCCAUCAUUGGGCCACUUGUUGGCGGAUCACUCUCCCGACCAGCAGACAGAUUCCCUGAAAUCUUCGGUCGAUUCGAACUCCUGAAAACCUAUCCAUACCUUUUAGCAUGCGCUGUUCCAGCUCUGUGUGCUUCUAUUCUUUGGAUAAUCAUGUAUAUCCGUCUCAAAGAGAGUGUUUCGAUCAAGGCACCGCCGUUGGAGAUGAUGAAACAGUGGCUAUCGCGACAGUCGUAUACAAAGCGUUCUGCGCUAUCAGGCGAUGGUCUUAUCAGUUCCUGGGAAGCAAACUCUGAAGAGGUCCCAUCAAAGUCGCUUCGUUCUAUGCUAACUCCAAAAGUCCUGAUCGUAGCAGUAAGUUCUAGCACGUGGACCCUUUUUGUUGUCGCGAUCAACAAGCUCCAACCACUUUUCUAUGCGACGCCGAUUGAACUCGGUGGUGUUUCCCUGGACCCUACCCGCAUUGGCGUUAUAUUCGCGACAGCAGGUUUCGCCAGUGGCAUAUUCCAGUUCCUUUUCUAUGCUCGCUUACACGAUCGCUUGGGCGCACGAACCAUGUAUAUGGGUGGUCUCAGCUCCAGCAUACCUAUUAUCCUUCUAUUCCCGGUGAUCAAUGCUCUGGCUCGAGCCUAUGGAAUGUGUUUUGUCGUGUGGUUGGCCAUUGGCGUUCAACAUGUGCUGAUAAUUAUCUUGGAAAUGUGUCCCUUUUGUAUGGCAAUGUUUAUUAGAGCAGCCGCCCCCAAUCGCUCCUCGAUUGGAGCAACAAAUGGCAUUGUCCAGUUGGUUAGUGGAGCGGCGAGGAUCAUUGCACCACUGUCUGCAGCGGUCUUUUCUUAUUCGAUGCAGGAAGGUCGUGAUGCGUGGUUGGCAUACUAUUUCUACAUGGCACUUGCAUUUCUCGCUAUUGGUACUUCUUUAGCCCUGCCUCGUGACCCUAGUCUAUGGGAAGAGCGGAAUUAG